AUGGAGAAGAUCUUCACGGCGCUUUUCUGUACUGACGAUCAGAAAGUAGAGUAUGCCACUUACAUGUUGGUGGAUGCAGCUGAUGAUUGGUGGUAUUAUGCACGGGAGCUUUUGCACCAGGAACUCGGUGAAGGAGUACCCAUCACCUGGGGUCGCUUCAAGCAGGCUUUUUUAGAUCGUUUUUUCUCCCAAGAAUUUCAGGAGGCAAGAGCCAGACAGUUUGAUGAAUUAGUUCAAGGGACAAUGACUGUCAAGCGUUAUGCUGCAAUAUUUGUGGAGCUAUCUCAUUUCGCAAGUUACUUGAUUCCAAAUGAAGUGAAGAAGGCAGCAAAGUUCGAGCGAGGACUACAUCCAAGAAUUCAGAGUUGCUUAAUACCACUCAGGAUCCGUAAUUUCACCGACUUGGUUACUCGAGCCACUCUUGUGGAAGAAGAUAUGAGGGCGAAUGCAGAGCUUUCCAAUAAGAAGAAACUCAAUGAUGGAGUACCCAUCACCUAG